AUGUCCCCUGCUGCUGGCCCUGUUGAGGAGUCGCCCGACACCUGCCCCUCAGAGAAGGCUGCAGAGCCAGACAAGGAAGCAGGGGAGAAAGCCCUCCCAGAGCCUAAGGCAGCUGCUGAGCAGGAGACACCUGGCCAAAAAUCCACCUCCCAGGCUGUGGUACCACCAGUGAAAGCAGGACGAGAGAGCAGUCUGCCCACGAAGGCAUCUGCUGUGCGGCCAUGGAGGCACCAGCCACUCCUCAGCCCAGCACAGCCCAGUGACAGCAGCAAGGACAUCGUGCAAGCCUUCAUCAGCGAGAUCGGGAUUGAAGCCACUGACCUGUCCAGCCUACUGGAGCAGUUUGAGAAGUCUGAAGCCAAGAAGGAGGAGGCUCCUGUGCAGCGCCUCGAGGACAGGCGGCCAAUGGGGAGCUCCGGACAGGAGCCCCUGGAGACGGCCUGCCUAGCCCCCCUGGAUUAUCGGACUAGCAUCCCCAACAAGGCCACCACCAGGUGCAGCAGCCCCCCCACCUCGGUGCUGCUGUCUCCAGCUGCAUCCCCCUGCCGGGACCAGGAGGUGCAGACUCCCAGUGCCCAGCCCAGCCAUGCUGCUGCCAAGAGGUACCACCGCUCAAGAUGUUCCCACAGCUCCUCCUCUCACUCCAGCUGUGGAUCAUGUGGCAGGUCCCAGGACAGGUCCUCAUCCUCAUCGUCAGCAUCCUCCUACUCAUCCAGGUCCACAUCCCGCAGCCAGUCCCGCUCCCCCUCACCCCGCAGGAGGAGUAACAGGCGGAGAAGAUACAGUUAUGAUGCACAGGACCACUACCAAAGGCAGAGGAUCCUCCAGAAGGAACGUGCAAUAGAGGAACGACGAGUUGUGUUUAUCGGCAAGAUCCCUAGCCGGAUGACGCGGUCAGAGCUGCGGCACCGUUUUUCUGUGUUUGGGGACAUCGAGGAGUGCACACUGCACUUCCGCUCUGAGGGCGAUAACUAUGGCUUUGUCACCUACCGCUAUGCCGAGGAAGCCUUUGCUGCCAUUGAGAGUGGGCACAAGCUGCGGCGCCCGGAUGAGCAGCCCUUUGACCUGUGCUUUGGCGGCCGCCGGCAGUUCUGCAGGAGGAACUAUGCUGACUUGGACUCAAAUCGGGAGGAUUUCGACCCAGCUCCCGUCAAGAGCAAGUUUGACUCCCUGGACUUCGACACGCUGCUGCGGCAGGCACAGCGCAGCCUGCGGAGGUAGCGGCAGGCGAGGCGGAGCACCCGCCCCCACUUUUAUACUCAAAUACAAAAGACAAAAAAGUAUGGAGAGAGAUAUGGGGUUUUUAAGAAAAAGAAAAAAGAAAAAAAGAAAUUUGUUUUAUAGCCAAUAUUUAAGGAGAGGACAGGUCAUUGGUCUUUGAUGGGAGGGGCCCGGGUGAGUGGCAGCCCUGGGCGUGCCUCAGACAUAUAAUAAAUGCGGAUGCCCAAACA